UGGUACUCAGAUGCCAACUUUGUCGACAGGCAACUAGAACUUCCUGCGGACUACAAGGUCCUGCGCUAUUACGUGAAUAAAGGACAACACACGGACCCACCAGAAAAGGAAGCAGGACUAUCAGCACUCUCCAUCGUGGGGACGAAGAGCAACACCAACUUCCGCGUCAAACUACACCAACUUCUAAAGGAGGGCCGAGGCAUCGACCGCUGGUAA